AUGUCUGGCCGAAAUAUCUCAUAUGGUCGCGGUGGCGCCGGCAACAUCUCCCGCCAGCAGUCCGCCACCACCCCGCGAGAUCUCGUCACUCCAACAAUCAAGCAAGAGGUCUAUACUACCGGUCGCGGAGGUUCAGGCAACAUGGUACAGAACGAUCCCGAACGGCCAGAGAUCGCUCGUGAAAGCCAGGACGUGGAAUCCCCGCCUUUGCGCGCCCAGAAGAUUCCCCACCACACUGGUCGAGGAGGUGUCGCGAACGCCUAUAUCCCGACCGCCGAAGAAGAGGAGCGAGCUCGUUUGCAGGAGGCUGAGCUUAUGCGUGUGCGCACAAAUGACAAGGAUCGCAUCAAGGAGAUCGAGCACGAGCGACAGGAGUUGCGGAAUCAGGAACUGCGGCAGCAGGAAUCAUCGACCUAG